AUGCCUGUCAAUAACAACAGUUCUCCAACUGUUACUGACACCCCCGCUAGCUGUGCAUUGUUCUGUUUCACUGCGAAUAAUGGGGGUCCAUUCACAUACAUGGGUAUUGAACCAGGUCAUUGUUAUUGUUCAAAUGGAUUCAAUCUCGGUCAAACAGAAGGUAUUUGCAACUUCCCAUGUCCAGGUGAUCCAUCGCAGUCUUGUGGAGGAAAUUCACCUGCCAAAAGAUUCUCACGACGUAACGGCCCACCUUCAAUCGUCGCUUACCAACUUAUUCCUGCGGCUGUAUCAUCUUCCACUAUUAGCUCAUCGCCAGCUACUUCCUCAUCGGUUCAAUCUUCCGGAAGUGACAUUUCUUCUGUUGCUUCUAGCACGAUUCCCGGAUCUGCAUCAGCUAGUGUCACUUCUUCGGCUGCUCCUUCUUCGAUUGCCUCGAGUCAAGGAUCUUCUUUACCUUCCGAAGUAUCCAGUAUUGCCUCCUCAACCGUUCCAAGCCAAUCUGCUUCGGCCUCGGCAUCCGCUAGCGCAAGCUCUUCUGGAGUUUUAUCCAGUAUUUUACAGUCCUCUUCUUUGGCAUCUCAAUCAGCCACAGUUAGCUCCAGCAUUCCUCUAUCCUCAGAAGUUCCUGGAACAACUUCAAAUGUUGGAUCCUCAAUUGCAUCAUCUUCGAAUGUCGCGUCUUCGACUAUAGCGUCCUCCAGCGGUGUAGUCUCAUCCAGUGGAACCGCUAGUACUUCUGCAAUUUCUAAAACUUCUUCGAACAUUCCAACAAGUUCAUCUGCCGUUUCUUCUAUAGUUUUAUCCGGUCAAAGUACUAUUGAGCCAACAACUUCAGCUGCUCUUUCCACUGCUAUCCCAACCACUUCUGGCUUCUCUUCUGCUGAAUCAAGUACUAUUCAACCUUCAAUAUCUUCCAGUGGUGUACCAACCACUGUUGAGUCAUCGGUCUCAUCCAGUGCUAUAUCCACAUCUGAGCCAGCUCUCACCAGUGUUGUACCAACCAGUAGUGUGGGAUCUUCGAUCUCAUCCAGUGAAAUUAUCGGCUCGUCAGCACCACCUUCCAGCAAUGUUGAACAAUCCACCAGCCAAGCUACAAAUGCCCCCUCAACUACAGCUGAGCAAUCAUCAGUUGCCUCAUCUGUACUUCCAGAAUCUAGCACUAUUUCGAAUAGUGCUCAGCCAAGUAGCUCUUUAGCAUCCACGACUUCCGAUUUUUCUUCGAUAAUCGCCUCAGAAUCCAGCACCAUCCCAAGUACCGUGCUCCCCACCACUUCAGCUGCUUCCAUCACCUCCGAAUCUUCUUUAGUCCUUAGCUCAGAAUCCAGUACCAUCCCAAGUACUGUGCUCCCCACCACUUCAGCCGCUUCCACCACUGAAAUUCAAAGCUCUUCCACUACCUCUGAGCUUCCCAGCAGUACAUUAUUCUCCUCCUCGGCCGAGUCCUCCUCAAUUCUACCAACUUCCUCUGCUGCUCCAUCUUCAUUCUCUACCCGUACUUCCUCAAGUUCGAGUUCUAGCACCACUUCCACUUGCCCAGCGGCAACAAUCACAAAUGGUGGAUUUGAAUCCGGAUCUUUGUCUCCAUGGGCACCUAGAAGUGAUGGUAUUGCCAACGCCAAGAGUAACGUUGUUAUCAACAACCCUGCAGUUGCUCAUACUGGUAACUCUUACCUCCAAAUAACCAUGACUCAAGACUUCUUGUCUCUCAUCCAACAAACCACCACCAUCUGUCCCACCACCAAGUCCCUCACCGUCACAGCCUGGGGUCAAGCUGCCAAGUCCCGCGACUGCUGGCUCCAAAUCUGUGUUAACAAAGAUAGUUAUUGCUCCGUUCCCACCCCUCUCAAGAAGGGUAAAUGGAAGAAGAACACACUCGUCUACAAACCCAAGAAGAACUUGGUUGGCAAGACAGAUGCCAAGGUACAGAUUUAUACCGAGUGUAGAGGAGAGAGCGAUGGUAUGGUAUUGGUUGACGAUGUGGUCAUCACCAAGACAAAGUUGAGCUCUAGAGAAAUGGCGCCACAAUUGGCGCCAAGAAUGGGGACUUUGAGGAUGAUUGACGCUUAG